AUGUUUCAGAAGUCACAAAUGCACAGCAAGCAAUCUACAAAUGAAUGCUGGACAGAGUUGUGUUUAAACAAUUCUAACCCCAUAUAUGUGAGACCCGGAUGACAGCAGCCGUCCAGCCUAUUCUAGGUAACUGGAAUGUACACAGCGACCUCGUGGCAAAUUUCUAACUUGAAGCUUCACAGAGCCUUUAUGUCCAUCUUUGAUUGCGUUUAUCUGACUUUGAGGGAUACAUUUGGGGGAAAUGAAUUUGCUUUCAUGUUGCUGAACCAUGCCUAAUUCUAUCCAGAGCGUAAAGAGCAAACAGAGUAUGGCUAGUACUUCAAUAGAGAUCUUUCCAUUCAAGGACCAAGAGCUCCCUGCCCACCUUCUGUUUCAGUUGAACUUAUUAAGACAGGAGCAGAUCUUCACUGAUGUUAUCUUGUGCACUGAAGACAAGGAGAUCCCCUGCCACAGGAACGUCUUGGUGUCCAGCAGCCCGUACUUCCGAGCCAUGUUCUGCAGCAAUUUCCGGGAAAGCAGCCAGGCUAGAGUGGACCUUAAAGGCAUUGCAUCAGAAGUCAUUGAAUGUAUUGUGGAUUACAUUUAUACUGGAACCAUCACCAUCAGCAUGGAGCUUGUACUACCCCUGAUGCAGGCUGCCUCUAUGCUGCAAUAUGGAAGGCUUUUUGAGGCAUGUUCUACUUUCCUACAGACGCAGCUCAAUCCAGAAAAUUGCCUGAGCAUGAUCCGCCUCUCUGAGAUCCUCCACUGUGAAAGCCUAAAGGAGCGAGCAAAAGAGAUGGCUGUGCGCUGCUUCUCGGAUGUAGCUGCUUCAGAGGACUUCUGUGAACUCUCACUUCCUGAGCUUAUGUGCUACCUGGAGGACGACCGGCUGUGUGCAGAAGAAGAGCAGGUAUUUGAGACUCUACUGGCUUGGAUCCAUCACGACCCCUUCUCACGUCGUGGUGCCAUUCAUGACCUCUUCAAGAAGGUCCGGUUGCGGUACAUCCAUCCUACGUACCUCUUCCAGUUCAUCGCCAAUGAUCCCCUUGUCCAAUCGUCAACGUUAUGCACUGAGAUCAUUGAGUCUGUGCGACGUCUUAUGUUUUCCGUUAGUGCGAAAUGUACUCAUGAGUUGAAGCCCCUUUGGACCACACCACGUCGCUACACGUGCCGCGAGACUCUAGUGGUGGUUGGAGGCCGCAAAAACAAUGAACAGACAUCUCGAGAGGCACUGCUAUAUGAUGAGCGGACACAACGAUGGCAGUGGCUCGCUAAACUACCUUUACGACUAUACAAGGCAGCCUAUGUUUGUAUUCACAGCAUACUGUAUGUAGUUGGAGGCCUUAGCCUAAGCCUAGUGUCUGGAGAAAGUGCAGUCAGCGCCACAGUGUACACCCUCUCGUUAAAGACCAACCAGUGGAGGACCGCUGAGCCCAUGCAGGAGCCACGUUACGCCCAUCAGAGUGUCUCCUACCUUCACUUCAUCUUCGCUUUGGGAGGAAUAGGGGCAGACAAACAGAUCUCAAAUACAGUGGAGCGCUACAACAGCAUGUUCAAUCAGUGGGAGGCCAUGGCGCCGAUGCCCACAGCGGUACUACACCCUGCAGUCGCUGCCAAUGACCAGAGGAUUUACGUGUUUGGAGGAGAGGAUGCCUUGCAGAAUCCAGUCAGACUUAUUCAGGUUUAUCACAUCUCCCGGAACUUGUGGUCUAGACUGGAGACCAGGACGGUGAAGAAUGUCUGUGCACCUGCUGCAGUCAUAGAAGACAAGAUUUAUAUUGUUGGAGGAUACACGAGAAGAGUAAUUGCCUAUGACACCAAAGCCAACACAUUUGUAAAGUGUGCAAAUAUGAAGGAGAGGAGAAUGCACCAUGCGGCUACAGUCAUCAAUAACAAACUCUAUGUAACUGGAGGCCGCUUCCUCAACAGCCAUGAUGUCAUAGAGGACUCAGACUGCUUUGAGUGCUAUGACCCUAAAACAGACGUAUGGACUUCUAAAGGCUCUUUACCAUACAAGCUGUUUGAUCACGGUUCCCUAUCUCUGAUCUGUGUCUCCAACCGCUCCAACCGCCCCAACCCACCAUGAGGGUGCAGCACCUCUGCUGGGGCAUCCUGUUCGCUCCCCUGCUCAUUAAGGGAAAUGAGAAAUAUGGGGCCACAGCUGAGACUGGCAACAAUCUGAAGAAGGUUGCUUACGUUUGUGGGCUGAGUAAAUCUCAGCUGUGGCUUUGAUGGUAUGCUGCUGGUGCUUGCCAGCAUCUGUGCCAUCUUAAAUCAAAAGAGAUUUGAGCUGGCAAUUGGAAGUGUCACAGUGGACCUCAGGGAGUGAGCCAAGGACCUCAGAGCAAAACGGCAGACUUACGCAAUGCACAGCUGUUCCUGCAGAACCGUGACACAAAAAUCUUCAGACAGAUGUCUUAACACACUCUGCCCUCUCAGAACGGCUUGAGCAGCCAAAUUAUUCAUCAAUCGUGCCUUGUUAACCUGAGUUUAAUUGGGAUCCAAGAGAUGUGAAAAUUAUUUUAGCCGGUGUAAAAUAUAAAAGCACAGGGAAAUGAGAGUUUGGUGAAGUAUUUGGUCAAGUGAAGGGAACAGUCCCUCAGAGCUGUGGUCAGUUCUUACUAAUAGAUGAAGGCCAAAAAAAAACAAAAAACUAAUAGAUCAUAAUAUGAGUACCUACUCUGAAUGCUUGAUGUACCGUGCAUUUCUCUUUUUGGCAAAAUAGCAUUGAUGUUGAAAAAUGUAAUUAUGAUUUCUAAAGGGACCAGAAGUGCUUAUUAGCAAUGAUUUGUUUGCUUGCAUUAUGUUGAUCUCUAUGCCCAGUGCCUACGGUUUGAAGAGGUUGUGUUGUCUGCAAACUCCAUUAACUAAUAAAAGAUAGGGGCUUGAAGAGCCCUGACAUCACUUAAGAUAAAUAGAAAGAGGGCCAAUGGAUUCUUGGAAGGAAGUUCUAUGAAGAUGUCUAUUAUCUCCUAAUAUGUAAUGCUUCUUGAGAAAUGUCUGGUGACCUUAGCUUUGAUUAUUAAAAACAAGGUAUAUCAGAAAUGUCACUUUUUCUUUUGCAUUGGUCUAUGGAAAUUAAAGGUUUAAAGGGUUUGGAAAAUCAACAGGUCAUUCAUUCCUAUAAUCGGAUCAAUUCAGCUUAAUUUUCACUGCACUUUGUCCUUCACUGGACACAAUAAGGAAUAAACAACUGCAUUUUAAUGAGCACAACAAAAGAUUUUACAGCUGGUCUCAAGCUAGAUCUCACCACUAACUUUAGCCUCAAGCUUUUAGAUUAGAUUGACAGUACACCCCUCAAGCAUAGAUAGCCCCUGACAACAGUCGGCAUGGAAACCACCAAUCAGAUGGCAGGAUAGGCUUGUUUUGCCAGAAUCAUAUUGGUAUACUGUCCACAGUUACAGACCCAAACCCAUUAGUUACACAAGAGCUGAACUGAAGGUCAACAAGAUUUUAUUUAGGACAGUAAUGUAAUUCUUCAGAAAAAAAACAUACCUUAAGUUGAUAAUUUGAUGGUACGUUUUGACUCAAUAAAUUACUUUGAAGGGGAACUCAGUAAUUAUUUGAAUAUGUCGUCUUGGACUUACACUGACACUUAGUGGUGUGGGUGUUGCAUCAUUCAAACAUGGUUUUCAGAAACUGAUACUAUAGCAGAAAUUCACUAUUCACGGUCAGCCAUGAUUCUUUUUAUCCAAGAGUGAAAGUGUCCAAUAACAGGGUGGUUACUGAGAGUAAACCAGUAGUAUUUAGCUGGUCAUGUGAUUAUAACAUGGCAGCCCCCAUGUGGAGACCCUCUCCAUGUAGCUUUUAUAAGGUUACUGAUAUGACUCGAGUUUUCAUCUCAUGUGAGUGCUCAUGAUUGAAUACGUGUUUCAAAAUUCGUUUCUUUAGGAGAAAAAACCUUUUUAAUGAAGAAAAAAUUACUGAAUGCUCCUUUAAAUAAAAUAUUUAAACUUGUGGAUGUAUGUUUCAGUGCUGUAUUUUGGACAAUACAUGUGAGAAUAGAUGUUUCACCAAAUUAAGUUUGGAAAAAUGCCACAUAAUUUUUAUUAUCUCUGAUCAGAACAUCCACAUCAGCAUUACUGUACAUAUUCCAAUAUCCCAUACUUUUUUAUGGGAAUGAAAAUGAGGCUGUGGGAAGUUCAGUCUCUUCAAAGACAUCCACCUUAUAAAGCUCCUUGAUAAUAUAAAAAUGUAUUUAUUUAUUUAUUUACCCCUACUGAAUAUUUUGGGGAAAUAUGUAUUUUCGGUGUAUCUUUUAUUUAUUUUGGCUGAAUAACACCAAAAAUAACAGUACAGGCCAUUUAACAGACUAAGACGAUUCCUCACAGCCUUUUUUUCAUUCCCGACAAAAAUUAAAUAUGGCGCUAAUAUGAAUAAGAUCAAUUGAAUGACGGGAACUCGUGUGGAUGCAAACUAUUUCACACAGAAACAGUGUGUUAUAUAUAUAUAAUAGGACUAUAUUUAAUUUUUUUUAACUUAUUUUGGUCACAUUAUUUUACAUGUAUUUACAUACUGUAGGUAAUUACUGAGUAAUACUUAUGAACUAUAUUACUGUGUAGUCAUUUUGUAUAGCUGCUUGUACAUAUUGUUAUUACUCUGGAAAUUAAUAAUAGUAAUAUGUGUAACACCAACACUGUAAAAUAAA